AUGCUCCGACACAGUGUCCAAGACUUGCACUUCCAAAAUUUUAACAACCAAGAUUGGACUCUAUACCCCGGCUCCUUGUCUCACCACGAAGCCAGUACAAUGAAGUACGAAGACCCGGAGUCACUACCGGAUGUUGCGUCACCCGCCACUCAGCGGGUGUAUGUUGACGCGGACGGUGGUCGAGAAAGAUGCCCGGUCACAAGAAACACGAUGAUCUGCGGGGAUGGCGAAAUCGCUACUGUCGCCGUUGAGUGUGUGGGGGGUAUCUCCGGAGAUAGGAAUGACACGUCCAAAGCUGUCUUCGAGGUCAUAUACAAUGGGAUGGCAUGUAUAGCCAAGUGUUGGGCACCGGAAGGAUUCGAGAACGCUUACCCUGCUGGCAUGAAGUUCAGUAAAGAAACCCCAGCUAACGGAGACAGAUACGCGAUCGAAUCACAAGUAUAUGAGACUAUCGAACGGCGCAAAGCGAAUGGAGUAGCCGUACCGGAUACUUUCGCAAGUUGCUUUUUCACCGGGCAGAUUAUGUGCUCCAGUAUCUUCCCGCAAGGAUACAUCAUUGUCAUGGAGAAGAGGUCUGGGCACCCGGUUGCUGAUAUUCUUGAGGAGUUGAGCUUCGAGGAGCAGAAUGUUCUUAUUGAGCGUAUCCGGGACGCUAUCGGUUUGCUCGACGAGUGCGAUGUCGAGAUUGGUAAUCCUGGACUUCUUGAAGAUAUGCUGUUUUGUCGGCGGACGGGACAGACUACUCUGAUUGACUUUGCUUCGCUGGCUGAGAUGGGGGAUUGGAGUUUCAUGGAUGAAACUGAGGAUGAGACCGAGCCGGUGGUGCCAGCUGCCUCGGAUAAAUUGGUGAUUGGCGAUGGGGAUGGGGAUGAGGAUGUUGUCUCGGAGGAUACUGUUAUCGGAUAA